GUCAGAUGGCGGAGCAACUGUCUAGCAAAAGGUCAACCUAUGUCGUACCUCCUCUGGCUAUAGAUAGUACACAAGAUGGCUAGAGAUGUAAGCAAGAAGUCGAAGAAGGGCCCUGUUGCAGGAUAUGGUCCAAAAUAUCCUGGAUUCGGUCUUCCAAGAGUACGUAAUGACCUUGGUGCUGAAAGUCCGAACUGGAGGGAUCAUUCGAAGGAGUUACAAAAGAAGACUGCUGAACCACUGUCAUGUUCUCAAUUUCUUAGCAAUGGGUGGGUUGAGUAUGAAGUUGAAAAGUCAGAAAUGAAAACCAUCGGUGGUGAUUCUGUUGAGAUAAUAGGACAAGACCUUCUGAGUGAAGAUCAAGGUAAAUUCAUUAAUGGUGCAAUUAUGACUGCUGUGUGUCACUGGUUCUUGAUGUACUCAUCCAUAGACUAUUUGAUCAAUGCUGACAAAUGGAUAGAAUUACUGAAACAACAUACGGCCUCAGAUUAAAGAUGAUCGAUUAAUUGUUUCGUGUUCAAUCAUUGUUCUGUUUUUUUCAUAAUUAUUGUUAAUUAUUUUGUGUCAUUAACGCGAUCAUUAAUUUAAAAACAAAA